UUUCGCACGCCUGCGCAGACAGGUGUUUUCAUGUUAGCUAACGGGGCUUCGUUUAAUGUUUCUGUUGACUGCUGAACAUGUCUGCCUCGAUGGUGGCGAGAGCGACGGUCAGAGCUGUCGGUAAAAGAAAGAUAUUAGCUACAAGAGCUGCUUUAACUCUGACUCCUCCUGCUGUGAAUAGGAUUCGGACCCUCCUGGAGAACAAGCCAGAAUAUAUUGGUCUGAAGGUGGGUGUGAGGACCAGGGGCUGUAACGGUAUGACCUACACUCUGGACUUCACCAAGCAGAAGGAUCAGGCUGAUGAGGAGGUGCUGCAGGAUGGUGUCCGUGUAUUUAUAGAGAAGAAGGCCCAGCUCACUCUGCUGGGGACAGAGAUGGACUAUGUGGAGUCCAAGCUGUCCAGUGAGUUUGUCUUCAACAACCCCAACAUCAAGGGCACCUGUGGCUGUGGAGAGAGCUUCAACAUCUGAGAGGGCUUCCUGCUGUGGAGAGAGCUUCAACAUCUGAGAGGGCUUCCUGCUUUGGAGAGAGCUUCAACAUCUGAGAGGGCUUCCUGCUGUGGAGAGGGCUUCAACAUCUGAGAGGGCUUCCUGCUGUGGAGUUUGGCUUCAACAUCUGAGAGGGCUUCCUGCUGUGGAGAGGGCUUCAACAUCUGACAGGGCUUCCUGCUGUGGAGAGAGCUUCAACAUCUGAGAGGGCUUCCUGCUGUGGAGAGAGCUUCAACAUCUGAGAGGGCUUCCUGCUGUGGAGAGGGCUUCAACAUCUGAGAGGGCUUCCUGCUGUGGAGAGGGCUUCAACAUCUGAGAGGGCUUCCUGCUGUGGAGAGAGCUUCAACAUCUGAGAGGGCUUCCUGCUGUGGAGAGAGCUUCAACAUCUGAGAGGGCUUCCUGCUGUGGAGAGGGCUUCAACAUCUGAGAGGGCUUCCUGCUGUGGAGAGGGCUUCAACAUCUGAGAGGGCUUCCUGCUGUGGAGAGGGCUUCAACAUCUGAGAGGGCUUCCUGCUGUGGUGGCCUCCCAACACACACACACACACA